AGAGAAUUUGAGGCGGCACUGUCCUGGCCACCUAGAAUACUGUCUUCCUCUUACCGUCGUCCUCGUUGCGCCACUCCUUCGGCGCUUCCGGAAGUCACCCUUUCCAUAGGCGGUUGGAGGCGGCUCUCGAGCUGAUUUGCGUGCGGUGGCGUCGUUGGGUUUGACCUCAGUUUUGCCGGGUGGGCGUUUUGUGGCGCCAUGUUCUUCCCCGGCGGUGUGCGGCCGAGGGGACACGCCAUGUUUUGGAGAAGCUAAGGAUUUACUGCCUUUCAGGACUUUUGUCUAAAAAAGGACGCCUCCGAGUUUGGGAAUUGGGAGCAAAUAGAGUUACACUGGACCGAAACACAAGACUCUGACCCUGGGGAAUUGAAAGGGCCGCCUAAGAGCUUCUGCGGGCCGGAGGUCCGGGGAGAUUAUCGUCCCUCUGUCCUCUUCUCGCCCAGCCCCUCGGGCAGGGGCCUGGGCCCCGCGGUGCUGCCAGUGUGCCUGCCUGUGGUGCCCACCCUUUCUGGGAUUCGUAGUUUAUACUUAAGUCCCAGUACUGUUUCAAUUAAGAGUUCUAGUAAGCACCUGGACGUGAGCCCCUAGUUUGUGCCAGCCAGUUUGCUGAGGGUUUCACGUACUGUCAUAUUUAAAAGGCUUUCAACAUCUGAGAUAAGUAUUACAUCCACUUUACAGGUGAGUACACCUAGGCGAAUGUCAGUGGCAGAACUGACAAAUUCAGGCCUACCACACUCCCUUGGGUCAAUCACUUCUACUUUACUGCCACAAUAACUUGUAUCUUAGUUUUUUUUAAUUAAAAAUGUCAAAUAUUAGCCCAAAACAGUAAUAAUGAACCCUCAUAUACACAUCAUCCAAAGUUUAUUCUUUUAUUAAUUAAUUUAUUUUUGCUGUGUUGGGUCUUCGUUUCUGUGCGAGGGCUUUCUCUAGUUGUGGCAAGCGGGGGCCACUCUUCAUCGCGGUGCGCGGGCCUCUCACUAUCACGGCCUCUCCAAAGUUUAUUCUUUUAACUAAAUUGCAAGCCCAUAGCAAGCCUCACCUCUCAGAACAAACCUUUAUGGCAGUCUGUGGGUUAUAAACAAUUUAUAAAAGAAGCUCCACACCUUCCAUUACAUUAACUGCUCCACCCACUUGGCACUCACUACGCAAUGACUGGCUCUUGACAAUUCUUUCCCUACCUUCUGCUACUUGAGAACUUAAUGCCCACCAGAGACUAAUAAGUACUUUACAAACACUACUAUUAAUUAUAGCGAAUAUUUAUUUUGGACUUCUGUGCAGGCCUUUGCUAUGGGCUUUAUGUGCAUUAGCUCUUUUAGUCCUAUGAGAUGGAUGAUUUGCUCAUUUUACAGAUGAAAAAACAGGCAUAAAGGUUAAUAAAGUUAUCCAAGAUCGAUAAGUAGAGUUAAGGGUUUGGACCCACUCUGCCUGACACCACUGUCUGUUCUCUUUAACCACUAGAUUAUGUAGUCUCUUACUUAUAAACAUUGAGUGAAUGAACUCAUGUGUCAGCAAACUUUUCUGGGGGGUGUACAUAUAGUUUCCCCAAUUAACAACUUCAGAGAGAAAGCCUCCCAUCCACCAUGCUCCAGCACCUGGUUCAUACCUGUUCUAAAGCACUUACCAGGUUGUACUGCAAUGAUUUGUUUAUACAGCUAGUUUUCUGUAGACUGACUUCUUCAAGGCCAGGGACUGUGUCUUAUUCAUUGUUAUGUUCCCAGGGCUUAGCCAGUUCCUGACCAACAGCUGGAACUCAAAAACUGUUUGCUAAGUGAGCGAAUGAAAGAAUCAAUCCACUUCUCUUCAGUGCUGCACAGCACAGCAGAUAUCCCAGCUCAGAUAUGGGUUGAAAGACCACAGGCCUACCUGGAGGGCUCAGCUCUCUUAAUUCCUGGGAGACCCUGGACAUGCCAGGAUGUAUUGUGGAGUAGUUGCAUUUAGAAGAUGGGGAGGAAGUCCCAAACACUGUAAGUAAUCCAGGCUUGGGUUGGAAAACAAGGUUGAAGUUACUCAUUAGCAGGUGAAAGGGUCAAGGGUCGAGGCAAGGGGGCUGGAAGCAGAGUGGACUGAGCAGCCAGUCCACGAGGCAAGGGGGAGAGCAGUUAAGGCACCAGCCAUUCCACGCAGACCCCCAGCUCCCUCCUGUCUGAAGAUGUUCCACCAAAUUUGGGCAGCUCUACUCUACCUCUAUGGCAUUCUCCUUAACUCCAUCUACCAGUGCCCUGAGCACAGUCAGCUGACAACUGAAGGACUAGAUGGGAAAGAGUUCCCAGAGCCCCAUCUGGGCCGGUGGUACUUUAUCGCAGGGGCAGCUCCCACCAAGGAGGAGUUGGCGACUUUUGACCCUGUGGACAACAUUGUCUUCAACAUGGCCGUGGGCUCUGCCCCCAUGCAGCUCCAGCUUCGAGCUACCAUCCGCACGAAAAAUGGGCUCUGUGCACCCCGGAAAUGGAUCUACCACCUGUCUGAGGGGAGCACAGAUCUCAGAACCGAAGGCCGCCCUGACAUGAAGACCAAGCUCUUCUCCAGCGCAUGCCCAGGCGGAAUCAUGCUGAAAGAGACAGGCCAGGGUUACCAGCGCUUCCUCCUCUACAAUCGCUCACCACACCCUCCCGAGAAGUGUGUGGAGGAAUUCCAGUCCCUGACCUCCUGCCUCGACUUUAAGGCCUUCUUACUGACUCCCAGGAAUCAAGAGACCUGUGAGCUGUCCAGUAACUGACCUGUGGCUUCAUCUGUGCCCCCCAGAUGGAUACAGUAGGAACUGAGAUUGUGGUGGGGGGAGAAGCUGGAGACUCUUAACUCC